UCGUCUCUUUCCUGUUGCUAGUCAACGCCAUCAGCCAUCCGGCCUUGACGCCGCUGCUCCUGCCUUGCCUUGAGCGUCCGCCCCCUCCGCGUGCCCGUCUCCCGCCCGCCCACCCACCGCCGCCCGCCUCUGCUUCCUCUGCCAGCCAGCCAAGGGAUUCCUCACUUGUCUCUCCAGAGUCCCGACCCCGACCCCGACCCCGAUGCCCUCCGCCUCCCGACGGAGGCCCCCGCCGCCGCACCGCCGUCGCGCCAUGCUCCCCACCUCCUCCACCCUCUCCGUCUCCGCACCCACGCCCCCAAAGCCGCUCUACCUCCGCCGCUCGCUCAUUGCCGCCGCCGCCGCCGCCGCUCUGGCCCUGCUUCUCCUCCUCGCCGCCGCUUACGCCUCCUGGAGAUCCGACAUCCCACCGACCGCCCUCCUCGCCCGCCCAGCGGCGCCCACCGCCAGGUUCUACUCCUUCGAUCUCGUCCGCGAGUACCCCCACGAUCCGGACGCCUUCACCCAGGGUCUCUUGUACGGGGGAAAUGACACUCUUUUUGAGUCCACUGGCCUUUACCACAGGUCUUCAGUCCGAAAGGUUGAGCUUCCAACUGGAAAAGUUCUGGUUCACCAUGAAAUGGACGGGGAUAUGUUUGGAGAAGGUCUAACUCUUCUAGGCAACAGAUUGUUUCAAGUCACCUGGUUGAAGAACAAUGGAUUUAUAUACGAUCGACAUAACUUCACCAAACGCAAGAGUUUUACCCACAAAAUGCGCGAUGGUUGGGGUCUGGCGACUGAUGGAAAAGUUCUUUUUGGUAGCGAUGGUAGUUCAAAGUUAUAUCAGAUGGAUCCAAAGUCAUUUAAAGUCAUGAAAAUGGUGACCGUCAAAUAUCAGGAUAAUGAAGUCCCCUUUAUUAACGAGCUGGAAUAUAUAGAUGGUGAAGUAUGGGCAAAUGUCUGGCAGACAGACUGCAUAGCUAGAGUCUCCCCUGAAAAUGGCCAAGUGCUGAGCUGGAUCUUUCUUCAUGAGCUGAGGCGGAACUUGUGGAAUUCUGGUAACACGAAUAUCGAUGUCCUAAACGGAAUAGCUUGGGAUGAAGGAAAUCACAGAUUAUUUGUGACAGGAAAGUUGUGGCCAAAGCUUUAUGAGAUCAAGCUACGGCCAGUGGAUGGUCCAGCUGAUGGAUCUGUAGAAAAGCUUUGCCCAAAAGCUAGCUUUUAUCGCUGAAGGAGUGCCCACUCAAGUAUGAGCAAUUGUGGAAGAGAAGAUGGUAUAUAUAUGUUUGAGAUUCAUUCAGGCUGAUUUGCGGCUCACCAUCAUUGCCAAACGAGGGACGGGAGUUGCUAGAGGCUGGUGUAGCUGUAGCUUUUGUAGGAGUAAGAUGUUGUAACCUGUAUGAACAAUGGUUGUGUUACUCUUGUUCAGAAGAGUACCAUGUUUUGCUGUGAUAUGAUGCACCGUCACGUAUUUGAAUUUGAAAUGAAAGGAAAUGAAAUAUUGUGUUGCCUAAAA